GUCUAGAACCUGCAAUCGUCAGCGUCCAUCUCAUCCACACCACAAAAGGGUCAAAGACCACACGGCGAACAAUUUUUCCCCGUUGGCCAUUGACGGACAAACGCGUUCUCCCUGAAAAGCAUGCUGUGAGGCUCGAUAUCGCUGCGGCUGUCGUGCUCCCGCAGCGCACAGGAAGGUGAGUGAGGAGGAAGAAACCGCAUGCAAGGGGACGGGAGUACGGGACCGGCGGGCGGAAGACGAACGGGAUUCCAAAAAAACGACUUGUCGUGGCGGAGCGGAAUCCACAAUAGCGACGAGCCGUCGGGGUCUGCCGGCCUGGAUGCAAACCAGUCUCGUCGUCACGGACUCCCGGAAUAAAUACUCCCUCCUGCGUAUAGCUCUUCCCUGUCCUCUCAUACACUUUCUCUGCUCGCGCAAAGCUCUUCCUCGUGUAAAGACGACGAGAAAUUUAUGUACUCUCGCACCACCUCACAAACAGACCUGAUCCUCUCCGUUUCUUUUUGUUUCCCUUUUCCCUCUUCCGCGAUUCCGUCGCCCGGUUCAAUUUGGACGCGCGCGGCGUAGGGCGCCCGGCGGAAACCGCCGAAUUCCCCUCUUCCUCGCGCGUGCUCAGCGAUUCGAGAAAAAAAUACUAACUGUCUUACUAGGAGCCUAGAGUGUCCGAAUUUUUGCCAUUGCUUGUCCUGACUUGCCAACCUACAAUGGGAUGGGGAAACACUAUUACCAGACGCCUCAAGGUUUUCUCUAUGGCCCUGUUUAUCUACUUCGACUAUAAGGCUGUUCAGAAGAGAGUUCAAUGGGUUAGCACUGGUAAAAAGAGUGCUAUAUGGAAGAAAACACAUGAGCGAAAUGCUCGCCGUGUCCUCAACCUGAUGAUAGAGUUAGAAGGUUUAUGGGUGAAACUGGGCCAAUAUUUAUCCACAAGAGCAGAUGUACUUCCUGAACCCUACAUAAAUGUCCUCAAGCAGUUGCAGGAUUCGCUUCCUCCACGACCUUUUGAAGAGGUUCGUGAAACGAUAGAGAAAGAACUUGGAGAACCUAUGAGUGAUCUAUUUGCUGAUUUUGUCCUAGACCCUCUCGCAACCGCAUCAAUAGCACAAGUUCAUCGUGCAACUCUGGCAGAUGGCAGAGAAGUAGUUGUCAAAAUUCAGCAUGAUGGUGUGAAGGAGAUCAUAUUAGAGGAUCUGAAGAAUGCAAAAUCAUUGAUUGAAUGGAUAGCGUGGGCAGAGCCUCAGUAUGAUUUUAAUCCGAUGAUUGAUGAAUGGUGCAAGGAGGCUCCAAAGGAACUUGAUUUCAACCAUGAAGCAGAGUCAAAGCCUAGUGGCUCAUGAAGAGGUUGUCUUGAUAAUGUGUGGUAUAAAUUCUUCAAUUUUAGAGAAUACUAGGGCUGUCUCCAGGAAUCUUAGUCGCAAAAGUGACUGUGGGAGUGGCAGUGUUUCCAGUACUGUUGAUGUACUCAUUCCAGAAGUUAUUCAGUCAACUGGCAAGGUUCUAAUUUUGGAAUAUAUGGAUGGGAUUCGUUUAAAUGAUAAUGAUUCAUUGGAAGCAUAUGGUGUUGACAAGCAAAAACUGGUCGAAGAGAUAACCCGUGCAUACGCUCAUCAAAUAUACAUUGAUGGCUUCUUUAACGGCGACCCUCAUCCUGGCAAUUUUCUUGUGAGCAAGGAACCUCCACAUAAACCGAUUCUCCUUGAUUUUGGGCUCACUAAGCGCAUAUCUGAAUCUAUGAGGCAGGCACUAGCAAAAAUGUUUUUGUCAUGUGCAGAGGGAGAUCACGUGGCACUGCUGUCAGCAUUUUCAGAGAUGGGGCUUAAACUGCGGGUUGACAUGCCUCAGCAGGCUAUGGAUAUUGCCACAGUAUUCUUUCGUCAGUCAACCACAGCAAGUGAAGCAAAGGAGAACAUAAAAACACUUAAUGACCAAAGAGAGAGAAAUGUCAAAGCUCUUCAAGAAAAGAUGAAAUUGAACAAGAAGGAGGUUCAACGCUUUAAUCCUGUUGAUGCUUUCCCCGGGGAUGCCAUAAUAUUUAUGAGGGUCUUGAAUCUCCUCAGAGGUCUUUCAGCUUCACUAAAUGUUAGGAUAGUUUAUCUGGACAUCAUGAGGCCAUUUGCUGAAUCAACUUUGUUAGGGAGUUUGACACACGGACAAAUACCUAACAGUCAGUGGAUUUUUGACUCACCUGCUAACUCUGAUGUGGAGUCUAAACUGAGAAAUUAUCUGCUUGAGUUGGGAAGCGACAAAAUUUUAGGAAUACAAGUCUGCGCAUAUAAAGAUGGAAAGGUCAUAAUAGAUACUGCUGCUGGUAUGCUGGGGAAGUAUGAUCCCCGACCUGUUCAACCUGAUUCUCUUUUUCCUGUUUUCUCAGUGACUAAGGGUAUCACUGCUGGGAUGGUACAUUGGCUUGUGGACAAAGGGAAGCUGAAGUACGAGGAAACAGUUGCCAACAUAUGGCCGAAUUUUGGAACUAACGGAAAGGAGUUAAUAAAGGUCCAUCAUCUUCUAAAUCACACAUCCGGUUUGCACAAUGCACUGGGUGAUGUGGUAAAGAAUGAUCCUUUGUUGGUAUGUGACUGGGAGGAGACACUAAACCAGAUUACGAAGAGUACACCUGAGACCGAACCUGGUUCAGCACAAAUUUACCAUUACCUCUCCUUCGGUUGGCUGUGUGGGGGAGUCAUAGAGCAUGCAUCUGGGAAGAAGUUUCAAGAGAUUCUAGAAGAGGCUAUUGUUCGUCCUCUUCACAUUGAGGGGGAGUUGUAUGUUGGCAUUCCACCAGGUGUCGAGUCUCGGCUGGCAGCGCUGACAGUUGACACCGAGGAGCUCCAGAAGCUAUCAGGAAUCAGGGCAGGUGCAGAUGUGCCAGCAGCUCUGCUGAACAACAUCGCGCAGAUGGCGUCCGGUGUGCCCGCUAUUUUCAACACGCUAAACGUCCGUCGGGCCAUCAUCCCUGCCGCCAACGGCCACUGCUCUGCCCGCGCGCUCGCUCGAUACUACGCGGCGCUAGCGGCCGGCGGUUCUGUUCCCCCGCCGCACUCUUCGGGCGCCAUGCCGCCCCUCGGCAGCCACGUGCACACCCCCAAGUUCCCGACCGCGCCGCUCAAGAAGAAGAAGAAGGGCGCCGGAAAGAAGAAGGGCGCCGGCGGCGGCUCCAUGGGAGACCUCAAGGUCCAGGAUAUAAGCGGCGGCAGCAGCGACAGGAACGGGUACUGCCAGCUGCGCACCAGCGACGCCGACAGCGAGGCGGGGAGCGGCAGCGGCGGAGGCGGCAGGAUGUUCGGCAGCGACAGGAUCCUCGACGCGUUCAUGGGCGUCGGCGAGUACGAGGGCAUGGCGCACCGGGACGGCAAGUUCGGGCUCGGGUUCAGGAGGUACGACGACGCCAGCAGCGGCAGCGGCAGGCUGAGGUGCUUUGGGCACUCCGGGAUGGGCGGCUCGACCGGGUUCUGCGACGUGGAGAACGGCUUCGCCAUCGCGGUGACGGUGAACAAGCUGUCUCUGGGCAGCGUCACGCGCGGCGUCGUCCGGCUCGUCCUCGAGGAGCUGGGCCUGCCCGUGCCGGACGAGUACUCGGCCACCGGGGAGAAGGGGCCUGACAUGAUGCUCAACCUGACGACAACGACGACGACUACGCCGCCGCAACUGAGAUGACGACGGCGAAACUGAGAUUAUCAGGUUGGGUUCGUAAUAAUCUGUGGAACAAGAUAUAUAGCGAGCAGAAGGAAGGUUGGGGUACAGGGAUUUGGUGGACAGUAUAUAUACGCGUGCCAUUUUGAUUUUGACGUGGCAUGUAAAACUCGGCAAAUUCUGGUAUAUUACGAAGCUGGGUGCUGGGAAUUGUGGCCAGCAGUACAAGAAAUGGACAUGCUAGUUUGUUGACCUGUGUUUUUUUUAUGGCGGAACUUUUUGUUU